AUGCUCACUGCGCAUGCCUUUCUGAGCACUUGUCAGCUUCGCGCCAAAGUCGACGACGUUGGUAAGAGCGAUUUGCCGGCGUCUUGGAAACAGGAGGACGUGAGCGAAAUCCUUAGUUGGGAGCCGUGGAAGUACCGUUCGAUCAGGCACCAGAGAGCGGGGAACUGCUCAGAGGAAAUUUGCAAAAUUCUGAACAACAACAGAGAUACCCAAUUUUGCGUUUCACCAAAGGGUUUGAGAGACAGCUUGAAAAUCCUAGAAAGGGAUUGGCAGGGCAGGAAGAGAGAAACCGAUAAGGGCUCGGGAAUUUCCAAGCAAUAUCGAGAAUUAGAUCAGAUCAUGGAAGACUAUCUAGAGAGAAGAGAUGAGGAAGAGACUAAACACACCAAAGAAUCAGCUGAGGAUCGAGACAAGGAGGAUAAAGAUAAAGCUACAGGGGAGGAAAUGAGGGAGAGGGCUAUAGAGCGGAUAGCUCAGGCUAUGAAGCGAAAUGGAAAAGAUGAACCGCGAAAAAAACGUCAAAAAAGCAGUGACACACUUAACUAUCUCAGGGAGGCAGCAGAGAGGGAAUCAAAGUUAAGGCAAGAGGAACUAGAAAAGAGAAAGCAAGAAGAAGCUACCAUGGCUAAUAAGCAGGCACUGCUUUCUCAGCUGCGAGAUCAACAACAUGUACAGAUGCAGCAGCAGCAACAACAGCAACAACAGUUUAUGCAGAUGAUGCAGAUGAUGCCGAUGAUGCUUAACAGCCAGCAAGCACAAUCUCAGGCAAUUACUGAACUUUUAAGAAAGACACAAUAG